AUGUCUUCUUCUGCUCACACUGCGUGUACUGCUCUCGUUGGGGUGAGGACGAGAGCGCAGAAAAGACGGAUUGGGGUGAGAGAUGUGUGGGAUUUGAUCGUGAAUGACGACGAUAUUUGUUUCAAACACAUUCUUCCGAGAUUGAAUGGGACUGAUGUGAAAUUCUUGUACGGAGUGAAUACGGAGACGAGAGCUUUGAUUAAGAGAUCAACUCGCGCGGGGGAUUUGAAAAAGAGGUUUAAUAUUGGAGAGAUGUCGUCGAUAUCUACGUUGGAGUUUGCGUGGGAGCAUAAAUCGUUGUGUACGGGUGCGGGUGUCUGGUACGAUGAAAAAGUUUUCUGCCGUGAAGUUGCUAAAACGAAUAAACUCGAGUUGCUCAAAUGGGCGAGAGAGGAGAAAGAGUGUGACUGGGGUGUAGGGACGAUUAAUGCGGCCGUAGUACAAGGUAAUCUGGAAAUGGUAAAGUAUUGCGUUGCAAGUGAGUGUCCUUGCGAUGAGGGCGCGUGUGCAGAAGCUGCCGGAAACGGUGAUCUUGAGGUACUCAAAUACUUACGCGAAGAAGCCAAAGCGCCUUGGGGUUCUUGGACUGCCAAUUGCGCGGCUCGAAGUGGUCAUCUCCACGUACUCGAAUAUCUUGUUGAGCGCAAGUACCAGUAUGCUCAAUUCAACACAUAUGCGUGUCAGUGUGUGGCAGCGUACGGCCACUUGGACUGUUUGAAAUACUUACACGAAACCGCCAAAGCGCCGUGGAACUAUUUGGCCGUAGAAAAAGCGCACGCGAACAACCACCCCGAAUGUGUACAAUACCUCCUCGACAACAACUGUCCUCUUCCACCUGGUUGGCGAUACGAAGAUGGAGAGUUGCACGUGCCAGAAUCAGAUUCAGAAUCAGAUUCAGAACUAGAAUCGGAAUAA